AUAAAAACCUUUAAAAAAAAAAAAAAGAAAAAAAGAAUAUCAUGACCCAGAAUGUGGAGCGGAUCUUGGGCCGAGGAGAAAACCUGGACCAUCUCCGCAGCAAGACAGAGGAUCUGGAAGCUACAUCGGAGCACUUCAAGACCACAUCACAGAGGGUGGCUCAGAAGUUCUGGUGGAAGAACGUGAAGAUGAUUGUCCUCAUCUGCGUGAUUGUUUUUAUCAUCAUCCUUUUCACCACCCAUGCUAUCCCCACAGAAACCCCUCCCCCCACCCCGCCCUCUUCUUUAGGGCAACCCUCCAUAGCAGGUGCCAAGAAGGGCCCUCUCUUCCAUCUUGUCUGCAGGAAGUGCUGCUGUGUCCUCCUGCCCCUCACUCUGAGGCCCCUCUGCCACACUGUCUGCCCCAGGCACCUUGGUCCCCAGAAAGGAGAAAGCUGGACUGUGGCUGUUUCAUGGGCCUUCAGAGUUGGUUGGAGAGAUAUCCAGAAGGCCCAGCAUGGGGCUAGGAUACUGAUGGUGGCCAGUGGGCAAUAAAGACCUUUCAGUAUCCCUUCAAAAAAAUUUUUUUUUUAAGAUUCUAUUUUACCUUCAUCUAUUUGUUUUCCGAUGCUCUUCCUUUAUCUAAGUUUCUAACUCAUACUAUUUCCUUUACUUUGAAGAGUUUUUUGCACGUCUUGUAAGGCAGGUCUCCUGGCAACAAAUUUCUUCAGUUUUUGCUGACUCUUCCUCUUUCACUUUUAAAGGUUAAUUUUGCUGGAUAAUAUCCUACAUUAGUUUUUUCUUUCAACAUCUUAAAUAUCUACAGUCUGUUCUUGCUUGCAUGGUUUCUGACAAGAAAUCCAAUAUAAUUCUUAUCUGUGUUCCUUUAUAGAAAAAGUCUUUGGUGCACCCGAGUGGUUCAGUGGUUGAGCGUCUGCCUUCAGCUCAAGUUGUGAUCCAGGGGUCCUGG